AUGUCUUUCGGAAACAAGGCUACUCUCAACACUGGCGCCCAGAUUCCAACUCUGGGAUAUGGAACCUGGCAGUCUGGCCCUGGUGAGGUCGGCCAAGGCGUCUAUGAGGCCCUUAAGGCCGGGUACCGCCAUCUUGAUCUAGCCAAGGUCUACGGAAACCAAGUCGAGGUCGCCGAAGGCCUGCAGAAGGCUCUUAAGGAGAUUCCCGGCCUGAAGCGUGAAGAUAUCUUCAUCACCUCCAAACUGUGGAACACUCACCACCACCCUAAGGGUGUUGAGCCUGCCCUCGACGACACUCUCAAGGAGCUCAAGCUCACUUACCUCGAUCUCUACCUCAUCCACUGGCCCGUUGCCUUUAAGAAGGUCAAUGAGACCGAGUUAUUCCCCAAGGUCGCUGAGGGCAUUAACGAGGUCGCCAUUGACGACAGCGUCUCCCUUGUCGAGACCUGGGAGGCCAUGACCAAGCUGCCCAAGUCCAAGGCUCGCGCCAUAGGCGUCUCCAACUUCACCCCCGAGCACCUCCAGACCAUCACCAGAGCCACCAAUGUCGUCCCCGCCGUCAACCAGGUUGAGCGUCACCCACUGCUCCAGCAGAACGGCACUCUAAUCAACUACGCCAAAGAGAAUGGCAUCCACAUCACCGCCUACUCGGCCUUUGGUAACAACAGCAUCAACGAGCCUCUACUCAUCGAGAACGACACGAUUAGGGAAAUCGCUGCCAAGAUGGCCGCCACCCCCGCUCAGGUCAUCCUUGCGUGGUCCCAAGUCGGUGGCCACUCGGUCAUCCCCAAGUCGGUCACCCCCUCGCGUAUCCGCUCUAAUUUUGAGGAGAUCAAGCUGUCCGAGGAGGACAUAGCAGUCAUUAACAGGCUUGGCGAGAAGCCAAAGCGAUUCAACGUUGCCACAGACUACGACCCGAAGUGGGACAUUAACAUCUGGGACGAGGCCGCCGAGCAGGGUGCUAAGUACAAGGUUAUCCAGAAGAAGUAA